GAGACCGCCUCCAUCAUGUCGUACUACGAGCAUGUCUACCUUGACUUCAACGACACAGGCUCCGGUUCCGGCUUCUGGGAUGAUGGAGAGAACCUGGAAGAGUCUUGCAAUGUGGAGCACGGGAUGACCGCCGAGCUUCACCGGGUCUUCUUGCCCGUGGUCUACGCCAUAAUCUUCGUCUUGGGCAUAACCGGAAACGGUCUGGUGGUCGUGGUGCUGGGCUGCCAGCGCAGGUCAAAGUGCAGCCUGACAGACUGGUAUCGCCUCCAUCUCUCUGCCGCCGACCUCCUCUUUGUUCUGGCGCUUCCCUUCUGGGCAGUGGAUGCAGCUUUGGAGGACUGGCGUUUUGGAGGGGCCGCCUGCAUCGGCGUGCACGUGAUCUACACCGUCAACCUGUACGGCAGCGUGCUCAUCCUGGCGUUCAUCAGCCUGGACCGCUACCUGGCAGUGGUCCGCGCCACGGGCACAAACACCGGUGGGCUGAGGCAGCUGCUGGCACACAAGGCGGUGUAUGUGGGUGCGUGGUUGCCCGCCACCCUGCUGGCCGUGCCGGACAUGAUAUUUGCCCGGACUCAGGAGGGCGGGGAGGGCGCCACCGUGUGCCAGCGCUUCUACCCCGAAGACAACGCUCCCGUCUGGGUGGUCGUCUUCCACCUGCAGCUGGUCCUGGUGGGCCUGGUGAUUCCGGGCCUGGUCCUUCUCGUGUGCUACUGCGUCAUCGUCUCCAGGCUGACCCGGCCGGGCCCGCUGGGCGGCCAGAGGCAGAAGCGGCGCGCGGUCAGGACCACGAUCGCCCUGGUCCUGUGCUUCUUCGUCUGCUGGCUCCCGUACGGAGCGGGGAUCUCCGUGGACGCGCUGCUGCGUCUGGAGGUCCUGCCCCGGUGCUGCAGGGUGGAGGCGGCUCUGGGCGUGUGGCUGUCCGUGGCGGAGCCCAUGGCCUUCGCGCACUGCUGCCUCAACCCGCUGCUUUACGCCUUCCUGGGGGCCGGCUUCAAGAGCUCGGCCCGCAGGGCCCUGACCCUGAGCCGAGCCUCCAGUUUGAAGAUUUUACCGCGGAGACGCAACGGGACGUCGAUGACGCCCGAGACGGAAUCCUCCAGUUUACAUUCCAGCUGAGGUUCCUCCGAGCCGCGCUGUCUUCUGUAGAUGUCAUGUGAUGUAUGUAAGAAAAGUUAAGGACAUUAUGAGAAUAAUGAGGAGCAGCCUGCUGGUCCAUGACUGCUCCUUCUCUGUGGAGUCUCACUUGUAAAUAUGAUUCAUAUUCACCUGUGUGUGGUGGCGCAAAAUAACAAAAUAAAUAAAUAAAAGGAAGGAUGAAGGAAAGAGAUGAUGGGCAUGCACCUUGUGUGGAAAUGAUCUCUAGUCAGUGUUUUCUGUAUUUAUCAGCUGUUGGUUCAUGUGUAAAGGAUCUAUCACACAUGCACUUUCUACACUUCAGAAAGUGCAAAGUUGCGCCCCUGCAUGUGUACAUAUUGUAUCUUUGUACAUGUUUCUAAUAAAGUAUACAAAACC